AUGAAGUCAUACAUGUCAUGGGCAUUAACUGCCCUUGCUGCCACAGUGCCUCUCAGUGCAGCCCAGACAUACACCGACUGCAACCCCUUGAACAAAACCUGCACACCCGACAAGGGUCUCAACCAGUGGUCCCUGAGCACCAACUUCACUGAUGGCUCGUCUUGGCGUGAUAGAUGGAAUGUAACCGCCGAUACCGUGAACAGCACCUCCAAAGGUGCCGAGUUCAAGAUCAGCCAGGAGGGCGAUGCCCCUACCAUUGAGUCCAACUUCUACAUCUUCUUCGGCUAUGUGGAGGUCAGAUUCCGUGCUGCCAAUGGUACCGGUAUCAUCAGCACCAGUGUGAUGGAGUCUGACGACCUGGAUGAAAUUGAUUGGGAACAAGUCAGUACAUAUGACUCGGAAAUCCAAACGAAUUACUUUGGCAAAGGCAACACCACGUCCUACGACCGUGCCACCACCGUGAACGUCACCACACCCGAAGAGACCUACCACACCUAUGGAGUCAACUGGACAUCCAGCAAGACGGAGUGGAUACUUGACGGCACUGUCGUCCGUACGCUCGAGUAUGCCGACGCUCUCAAUGGCAAGAACUACCCCCAGACCCCCAUGACCAUCCGUAUCGGUAUCUGGGCCGGUGGUGACCCCGACAAUUCCGAGGGAACCAUCGAAUGGGCUGGUGGUGAGACCGACUACGACGACGGCCCGUUCAUCAUGUAUUUGGAGUCGGUCAACAUCAUUAACUACACCCCCGCUGAGUACUACAAGUACACGGACAAGACUGGCGACUACACAAGUAUCAAGGCCUACAACACCACCACAUCGUCCAAGUCGACCAAUUCGUCCAGUAGCUCGUCCUCGUCCUCGGCCUCUUCCUCUUCAAGCUCGAGCUCCAUCUCUACAUCCAGCAGUGGUGCUAGUGGUCUAUCCUACAGCGGGGUCUUGAUGAUGAUCCUUGGGUUGGGCACAUUCGCGGGAUUGCUUCUCUAG